AUGAAUAUUCGUAAAGCCAAAACAAGCUUUCUUCAUGCCUCCCCUGUCACCACUUACGUCGAUUUUCUUGAGGCGAACAAUCUUCUUUCUGGUCUGAACAAAACUAUCGUUACCCUUUCUCGCUACGACGAAUUUUAUAACAAUCCUCAUGUUUUUACAGCUUCUGAUACGCCAUUGGUGCAUAAGCAAUUAAAUGUGAAAAACAUUAUCGACGCAUCCAAUGACGCCCUCCGUUUGAUACUGGGGAGUGACACCGAUGUGAAGGUUGACAAAGAUCUCCUCGACAAGUUAUGGUAUUGUUUUUCUUUGAAUUUCAGCUGUGAUUUUCUAAAUGCUUCUCUGAACGUGUCGUCUUCUAUACCAGAUUAUGCGACCAAUAUGUUUCGGGAGUCCUACGGUGACCCGACUGUAAUGGUUAGCAAAGCGCUUUCAAAAAUUGGAAUGCAUCCUGCUUACACAGCCGCCAUCACACCGCGGCUUCAAAUUGGGGAUAAAUGGGGUCCACCAUGGGUGCGGAGUAAGUCUGUAGAUCAAUUCAACAACUCGCGAUAUACUCUUUUGGUUCGCAGUUUAUUUCCGAAAGAAAACGGUGUACAGACUGUGAUGCUGACGACACGUUACACGGGUUUCUUUGUGUUCCUUGUUGCUACAUCUAUGUGCGUUAUUUUAUUGUUCGCAGCAUUUCACAUUUAA